AAAUAAUAUAGUAUUUCAGCCAGUAAUCCCUUUCUUUGGGUAAGAAAUCCAUAUAUGGCACUAGAUCAUCUUCUUAGUCUUGUCUAAAAACAGUUGGAAAAUUAUCAUGAAUAUUUGAAUUUGUGGAGUUAGUCUGAAUUUUCAAUAAUUUGGAGCAAAUGGGAUAUGAGAGAGAGAGGGAGAGAAAGGAUAUCGGAGUUGAGGGUGGUGGGCUUUCCGAAGCGCAAACUCGGCUACUAGAUGUAGAUGAUGUGGUGGCGGGCUUUGCCGAUUUUAAAGGCCGCCCCGCCGUCCGAUCCAAAUCCGGAUUAUGGAGGUCUGCUUCUUUCAUCAUAGGCGUGGAAGUGGCGGAGAAAUUUGCAUUUAACGGAAUAAUUUCAAAUCUCAUCACCUAUCUGACGGGGCCGUUAGGACAAUCGACGGCGUCUGCGGCCGCAAACGUCAAUGCAUGGAACGGCGCGGCGGCGCUUCUGCCGCUGUUGGGUGCUUUCGUGGCCGACUCAUUUUUGGGCAGAUACCGUACCAUUAUUAUUUCCGUUGUGGUCUACAUUUUGAGCCUGGGCUUCUUGUCUCUGUCGGCUUCUCUUCACUCUGACUGCAAAGCCGAAGCAAAUAACUCGAAGUGCUCUCCUCCUUUACUGGAACUCGUUUUCUUCUACCUGUCUCUCUACUUGGCUGCAUUUGGCGAAGGCGGAAUGAGGCCUUGCAUACAAGCUUUUGGAGCCGAUCAGUUCGACGGGGACGACAUCAAUGAGUCGAAAUCCAAAAGCGCCUUCUUCAACUGGUCGUAUUUCGCAAUGAAUGCAGGCUCUCUGCUAGCCCUCUUGAUCUUGAACUAUAUUCAAGAUAAUCUCAGCUGGGAUCUCGGCUUCGGGAUCCCCUGCUUCGUCAUGAUCCUUGCCCUCCUCUUUUACUUGUUCGCCUCCUUCACCUACCGCUUUCGCCUACACACCGAUGCGGAGAAUCCCUUCGUUAGGAUUGGCCGCGUUUUCAUCACCACCCCUUCUGCCUCUCCUGAUGCAGAAAAAGCCAGAAUCAAGACCGCGUCCGAUGGGUGCAGGUGCAGCGGACGGGACAUUGACGACGCCAGGGCGCUCCUAAGCCUCCUCCCCAUUUGGUUCACUUGUCUGGGCUUCGCUGUCGUCUUCUCGCAAAGUUCGACAUUGUUCACCAAACAGGGCCAAACGAUGGACCGUGAGAUCUUUCACGGCCUCGAGAUUCCCGCCGCCACGCUGCAGUCCCUGUCGUUCCUGACUGUCGUCAUCCUCAUGCCGGUCUAUGACUGGGUCCUGGUCCCGGCCGCCCGGGCCGUGACCAGGCGACCCGCAGGAAUAUCCAUGCUCCAGCGAAUUGGAGCUGGAUUGUUCCUGUCGUUGCUCUCUAUGGUGAUUGCCGCGCUCGUUGAGAUGCGGCGCCUCGCCACUGCGGCCGAGUACGGGCUGGUGGACGACGCGGGCGCGACUCUCCCGAUGAGCGUGUGGUGGUUGGCGCCCCAAUACGUUCUGUUCGGUUUGGCGAACGUGUUUGCGAUCGUUGGCCUUCAAGAAUUCUUCUAUGAUCAAGUCCCUAGUGAUUUGAAAAGUAUAGGGCUUGCCCUGUACCUCAGUAUCUUGGGAAUUGGGGAUUUCCUCAGCAGUUUUUUAAUAGCUUUAAUCGAAUUCCUCACGAGUCGAGCUGGGCAUGAUAGUUGGUUCGCCAACAACAUGAAUCAAGCGCAUGUUGAUUAUUUCUACUGGUUGCUAGCAGGGAUUAGUGCACUUGUGAUGUUAGCUUAUGCUUUCUUUGCAAAAUCCUAUGUUUAUAAGGGAAGAGAUUUGGAGUAUUCUUAUUAGAGUAUUUAUUAUCUAUGCAACUAUAACUCUAUAUAAAUCAAGUAUUACAGUAAGAUUUAUUUUGUAGAUAAUGCAUGCAUGAGGUAAGUGGGAUGAGUUCGAAUUGGAAUCUUCUGUUAUUGUUUGACAUUA